UCGCUUGGCAAGCAUUAAAUAACUAUUUUGCAUUAAACAAGACAAUCCAGAAUUGUUCAGUUUGGCAAGGUAAUAGUGCUAGUUGAAGUUAAGUUAAAAAGUGCUUUUCUUCAACGAUAACCGUUGGACCAAAACCCUAAGUUCAGAUAUUUUCAAAUAUGGCAAAUAGCAGACUCGAGAAAAUUGGAACAAUCAUCACAAGGACUCAAGGUCUGCUAAAAUCUGGUGCAAUGAAGUUUGAGGAAAGACCACUGUGGUACGAUGUUGUGACUGCGUUCCCACCCCAUGAGGAACCACGGUACGAUCGUCCUGCUCCUAAAGUAUCAUUGCGCCCUAUAUUUUACCAAGAAGAUAUGAUCCGAGCAAAAUUCCACAAAACUAGCAAGGCUCCGUUUGCGGUUAACUUACAGGACUUCAAAAAUCGCACACCAACGCAACAGUUCGUAGAAAUAUACCAGAACUUAUCCUUGCAAGGAGCAUUGGAUGAGACAAAAGUCUUUGAGACUGCACUGGAUUUGUACGAAGAUAAAUUACGCCAACAAAAGGAGAAACGAUCGGCAGAAAGCUCCACGCAAGAACUGCCUAAACAUUCGCCGGCACCAGAAGAUUCCGGUAAAACUGUAAAAGUUCAAGACAUAUUUAAUGACUAAUGCUUGCCGCAAUGUGUAGUAUAUUGUAUUUUAU